CACGAGAGUUGUGUGAUCGAAAUGAUCGAGAUGAAAUUGUCAAGUCGAGAAGACAAAAAAAUCAUGUGACGAUGAGCGAAAUUCAACUUUAAUCAGUAGAAAUGAAUUCCAUAAGAAAAUGGCUGUAUAAGCCAAAAAAAACAGACAACACAUUACUAGCCCAGUUUUAUUUUGCCGAUGAAGAUUUGAACAUAGUUGCUGCAGAACUGGACAGUUUUGAUGGACGUAAGGAUCCAGAACGUUGCACCAUGUUGGUGAAUCAGCUGCGUGUAUGUCAGGACAAGGUUCUUACUGUGAUACAGAAGGUAAUGGACGAUGCUAUACCUGGUGAGAGAGCUAAUCGAGACUUCCGCGUGAAAUUUCCUGAUGAUGUGCUACAGGACAGCCUAGCUGGGCAACUUUGGUUUGGAGCAGAGUGUCUGGCUGCUGGAUCAAGCAUUUUAAAUCGUGAAGUGGAAAGUGCUAGUAUGAGACCUUUGGCAAGGGCUCUAACCAAAAACCUUGAUAGUUUGCGUGGCAUACUUCGAGACCAGUGUCUGCGCAGCUGUACUGAAUAUACUGAAAGGAUAAAAGAAGCCUUGGUGAUCUUUGACAAAUUGUUUGCAGAAUUUGAACUGAGUUAUGUAAGUGCAAUGGUUCCUGUGAAAACAAUGAAGGAGUAUGACCUCCUACAAGAGGUGACUGUCCUCUUCUCAGAAACUGUUCAGAGGGCAUUACAAGAGUCACUCCUAACUCAAGAUAUGAUAGAUUACUGUGAUCCUGCCUUAAUGUUCACCAUUCCAAGAUUAGCUAUAGUCUGUGGAUUGCUCAUUUACCCAGAGGGACCUUUGAACCCUGACAUGGAACCUUCCAACAUGACUGAGAUGUAUAGGCCUUUCCAAACAUUACUUAAUAAAAUCAGAGAGCUGCUGUACACGUUAAGCCCAAAUGAACUUGCAAUGCUGGAGAAGGCUCUGUGUAGUUCUGAAGAGCCUGAAGUCUCCACCCCAUCUGCUGUAGGCAUCCAAUCAGAAGCAUUGUUACAAAUUGAUCAAGGCUUCCAUGAAGGUGGUGAAGGAAUUGUACCACUUGAAUCUAUUGGCUCAAACAUUCUUGUACAUUCUCCAGGCUCUGGGAGUCCAGUGACCCCAGUUAAUCAUAUGCCUGAAGGAAUAGAUUUUGGACAGCUUUCUCCGACUUCAACAAUAGUUGCUGAUUAUCAUGAUGAGGAAGAGAUUGAAGAUGGUUUGUUGAACAAAUCUGAGAGUCAAGACUCUGGUCUGCAAAGUGAGAUUGUGAGUACUUCAGAUACUGUCCCAGGUGGGGGUAUACCUCUUGGGUCACAUGACACAGAUGGCGCCACUCCAUGUACAAAGUCAUAUGAUAUAGAUGGUGCCACUUGUGAAACUUUGGAAUCUGGAAUAGAGGUUGAUAAUUGCGAGACAAAAGUUAGCAAAAGUGAAAGUACUGAUAAUUCUAGCCAACAAACUGCAAGUGAUAAUAAUAUAUGUGAUAAAACUGAUAGUUGUGAAAAGUCUGAAAGUAAUUCUAAUUGGAUAAAUGAUCAGUCGUGUGUGAAAAGUUGUUGUCGUGUAGAAAGUGGUAGUGAGGUAAGACAUUUAUGUAGGGAAAUUGUAGAUGAAAUUGUGAUUAAUGCAGUGCAUUGUAGUGAAGGUGCUUGUGAUACAAAACUUGAUCAGUCUGAUGUCACGGUGUUUGACAAUUCUGUGAAAAGUGGUAAUGAUGUUAGUGAUCAGAAGGAUGUGACAGAAGAUAUUGAAGGUCAGUCAGCAGCAGUAGCUCAUGGAGUUUCUCGUCAGUUUAGCUGGCAGUAUAACGUGCAGUUUGCCUUGCCGCAGUUGUCGCUCACCGAUCAUGACAUGGCAGAUAGACAAUCUUCUAGCUCUUUCUCAAGUGAUAGCACAGUAUCUGAAGAUGCCGGACAACCGGCCAGUGUGUCGGACUUUGUUAUUGAAACUUUAGCAAACAUGAACAGAACUAGUGAAAGUACAAAUACUUUGGUAAACAGAGGUAGUGAAAGUUCGAGCACUUUGAAACAAAGUGUUCGAACUGUUAACUCAUCUAGUUCUCUCACUUCACAACGAUCGUCAUCCUCAAAAGAUUCUCAAAAGUUGCCUUCAAAUUCCCAUGCCCCAUCCGCAAGUAGCAAACACCAUAAGCACGAACAUCAUCAGUCAAGAUUAAACAAAGCUCAGGCGACUAGUGCACACCAAAGUACCUUAGAAAAGCCAAAUACAAACUGUGCUCACAAAGCAAAACAAGGCAAAAGAGACUCUGUAGAAAAUAUUAGCUGUGGUAUUGGGGCUCAAGCCCAAACCUCUGUAGAGGAUUUGUUUGUAGGGUCAAAAGAAACAAAAGCAGAAUCAAAAGCAGUGCAGACAGUGAAGAGUGAGGAGACAGCAAGUUGCUCAAGUGGCCCCAGCAGUGUCAGUAGUGACUGUGAUUGUGAUACUCAAUGCUCAUGUUUAGAGAGUGAAACAAGUUCGUACAACUCCGAGACAAAUGAUGAAGAAGAGAUAGCUCUUGCCAUUCAGGCUGCUGAGAUAGCAUCGAGGAAUGAAGCCCGCUCAAGAUUUCGCAGUAGCAGCGACCUUAUACACAGACUGUUUGUCUGUAUAGCAGGUGUAGCAGAUCAGUUACAGACAAACUAUGCCAGUGAUCUGAGACAUAUACUGAAGUGUGUGUUUGAAAUGAACACCGAAUCUCUACCUGAACCAGACAACGAAGCUGUGCAACCAGAAACUCCGAGUGAAGAUGAUGCUGUUGUACAGUCUAGUGAUCAGGAAGAUGGACAAGAUUUGCAUAGCAACCAGACAGAUCAAACCCCACCUAGCAACCAGAGCCAACCUCCUAGCAACCAGUCACCAACAAACCACACCACAACACAGAGCAGAAACAGAGCACCACCAUCACCCAGAAGAAUCUUUGAUGAACCUCCGGAAUGGGUACCUGAUGAUGAAGUGGAAAGAUGUACUGCUUGUAAGACUCCAUUUACCUUUGUAAGACGAAGGCAUCACUGUCGCAAUUGUGGAAAGAUAUUCUGUGGAAAGUGUUCUUCUACCACUGUGCCUCUACCACACUACGGACAUCAAAAACCUGUCAGAGUGUGUCACCGAUGUUUUCUCUAUCAAGUCUCGCAUUUUACUGUUUCACAAGACUUUUGAAUGGCUUUACUUCCACCGCAGAACAGCAGUCAGGACUCAACCACCUUAAUAACAGCUGUUUUCUAUAUCACACCUUUUUUGUCUAUUGAGAUUUUAUGCUUGUAUUGAUGUGAACAUAUACCUAUUAGUAGGAUUUUUAAAAGAUAUAUUUCAAUAAGGACCUGUUGUCAAAAGAGCAUUGUCAACUUUUAAGUUAGUUUUGUGUACAGGUUUAUUAUAACACAACUGUGAAAGCUUAAUUUGCCAUUCAAAAUGUUCUAAAGUAGAGUGCCACUGGAUGAAUUUAUCAGACCAUUUUACCAGAUGCUUAUUCAUUAAUAAGGGGAUUCACGACAAGUCUCUAUCUCUCCAUUAUUAAGCUUUAAACAUGUGAAAGUUAAUUCCUUAGUGUUGUGAUUUGAAAUGAAUGCUGAAAUACAGAUGAAACUUCAUAUCUCAAACUUGAUUUUCUCAAAAUUCCAGCUGUCUCGAAGACAUUUUCAAGUCCAAUCUCAAAAACACGUGCACAAAGUAAUACCUUUUUUAGGUCGAAUUUCGGUAACUGUUGUCUUGAAGUAAAAUGCUCCAUCCUUUGGAAUUCAAGAUAUAGAGUUUCAACUGUAUUUUAGAUACACUUGUAAUCUUACCGUUUUUCCAGCAAACCACCUUUAUAGUACAAUUGCUAGAUUUAUGAUUAUAUAUAUUUGAGAUGAAUCAUACAUACCGAUUGGGUUUGGGUUCAAAGAAAUUCAUAAGCUGUCAUAAGUCUCAUAUUGUUGUCAGGAAUUCUAUGUCAUUUAUAGGCAUAUUUUAGCACAGUCCUCGGUUGAUUUUCAAAUACAGACAUAGUUUAUUGGAAUGAGCAAGCAUACUUAAGUGUAUUUCUGUUCCAUAAGUGCUGUAUAACCAGGAAAAUAAAUAAUUACAUUACCAGGACAGUUGAUUGUAAUAUAAUAGAAAUUGUGUUGUGCAAACUGACAAUAUGUCUAGUAAAUUAAAUACUGUAUAUUGUUUAGUAUGGCAAGGGUCAAUUUUAGGGCUUUUUCAUUGAUUUAAAAUUGAUCUCCAGUGAAAAAGUACUUUGUUGGUUCAUCUGCCAAUCAGUAUGCUGUUGAUAUAACAUCUAUGAUUUUACAAACAUUUUGGCUACCAAAUUCAAGUUUAUAGAUGUUUGAUUUUGAUUGGUCUGUCUGUCACACAAAGCAGUUUCCUGCGAUAAAUGUAUAAGAUGUUGUUUUCAUGAAACUUUGGACAUAGACAGAUGUCGGUAUGAAUUUUGUUGCAGAAAUGUGACAAAAAGUGCAUCAUGUGGUAACUUUAAAAAUGUUAGUGAUUUUUCAUUCAAUUUGGUACAUACAUAGAAGACCAUAUUGAGAGGCAGGUUUCAUUUCCUCUUGUAUGUAAAUUUGUUUAUCUAUCUGUCCAUUUUAAAUGAUUUAUUCCAUCAUAACUUCAAAAAUGAAGAAACCUGAUUUAUGGAGUUUAGUUUUUUUUUAGGAUAAUCCAGUUAUUAAAUUUAGUUUCAAAAUACAAAAAAUGUUGUUCUAGUGGCAGCAGGUAUAAUGGGUACCCCACCCAGCAGGCCACAUUUUUUUGUUGGGAUAUAGUUUUAUCUCAGUUUGUGCACUAUACAGUUAUAGUGGAGCUUUCUGCUUAAGAAUGUUAGGUGCUAUAUUUGUUAAAUUAAUAAUGGUAUUACAGUGUUGCCAAUUUCAAGUAAAUUCUUGUCAAAUGCUUGUUCUUAUCUUGCCUCCUAGAAGUUUACAGGUCAAGAAAUGUCACUGUUGGCCCAAUAUAUUCCAUAUCUGGUUAGUAUUAAAUAUCUGAUAUUGAUUUCUGUUAUAAUAAAAUGACUGCUGCAUUGCUGACAGUGUGGAGUCGAAUAAGAUCGUGAUAAUAAUAAGAAAUGAAAGUUUGUUGGUACUUGGUACAUGAUAAAAAGAUUAAGAAUCUUACAUGCCUGCCAGUGUAAGACAGGAUUUUUCCAAACCCAAGGGACACCGUGGAAUGGGAAACUGAGUGUUGGCAAAGUUUUUUUUUCCAUGUCAAGAAGAUUGGGAAAACUUCGACCUUACUCGGGCAGACUUGUAGGAUAAUUUUUCUUGCCUACUAUUAAUUUUAUUGCAACAUUUUCAGAGAUGUUGUAAAGUAAAAUAUGACAUCAUAAUAUGACUCAAUAUGUGCAUGUGUAGUUGAUCUUUUCCCAACCCAGAUAAACCUUAUCUUUCCCGGCUAAGUUGGCAAGAUAUAGAAAAUGAUCUGUAUCUAGCGACCAACAAACCAGAUAGUAGUAACUAACAUUACUUUCACUGUUGCUAACCUGUGUCUCCUCCAGUAUAUACAUGUUAUUGAAAUGCUGUGAUAUGUUUGUAUAUUCUGUAUAUUUCUUUCGUGUUAUAUUCUCCCAUAGUUUUAUAGGAAACAAGGACAUUGUAGAAGACAGGGUAAACUAGAUUACCGGUCAAUUUUUAUUUGUGUCAGAAAACAGCUAUAUUACUGUUGUGUCACCUCAUUGUUUCUGGUUAUAUUUAUUUUUUUAUUACAGUACAAAAGACCCUAUCAGGGAGAUUUCAUGUCAUUAUUAUUUGCCAGGACCGUAAUGCCUGGUCAGUACAAUAUUCAGUAAAAUGAUCUUCUUAUAACUAGAGAUAAGUUGCCUUAAUUUCUUCACCUUGUAUUUCAUGGUUGCCCAUAUUAGCAAUUGCAUACCAGUGAUGCAGUCCGAGACUCGGACAUGAAAAGACACCAAGGCAGAACUUGUACAGGGGUCUGAAAAGUUCUUUGGGACAAAUUAUGCUUUCAGAUUUUAGUUAGUUUCUCGUAAAAAAACUGCCACGGUGUGCCUCUGCCUAGCUACUUCACUGCAUACUCUGUAACUGAAUUGUUUAAUUAUAUCUUCAAGAUGAAGGUGAUAUUUUUAUGAUAUGAUUGAUUUAUGUAAAGUGUUUUCGUAUUGUAUCCAAGAACUGUUAACAUAAGAAUGUACCAAUUAAUCUAGAGUGCUGUGUGACACACAGUUGCUGUAGGUGUUACCAGUUACCUCAUGAAGUGGCAGAAAAAGUUUUUAAUACCGCAAUUGGGCAUGAAAUGUUUAUACAGUAAAUUUGAUGUUGGGUAUUGAAUAUUGGAUUAAAACAAAAAAUCUAUGAGUGUAACAACUAUCAUCAUUUGUGCAAAACAUGUUACAAGAAGUCAGUGCAGUAUUUUGUAUGCAGCUUUUGAUUUUAUGUGCAUUUAUUUACUAUGAUUACUCCACAUUUUUCUCAAUUUCGUGGUUGUUAUUAAUGGGCAUUUAGUUAUACAGCAUCAUCAUCAUCAUAAUCAUAAAUUUAAAAAAAAUCCCUAGGAUUUUACAGUUCAACAUUGAUUUUGUGGAGAUAAUACAAGAGUUAUAUUUUCUUAUUCUACUACAUUUUAAAAUUGUUGCAUCUUCUUUUUGAAUAGAAUUUAUUAAAACCUUCACAGAUAUACACCAUUGUGCUGAUACACAAUAAGAUUUUUUUUAACGAUUCAAAUUCACAGAGUUACGGUUCUUUAUUAUAUGAGCCAUGCCAUGAGAAAACCAACAUAGUGGCUUUGCCACCAGCAUGAAUCUAGACAAAACUGCGCAUCUGCGCAGUCUGUUCAGGAUCCAAGCUGUUCGCUUUAAAAGCCUAUUGCAAUUAGAGAAACGGUUAGUGAACAGCAUGGAUCCUGCGUGGAUGCACGGGCUGGUCUGGAUUCAUGCUGGUUGCAAAGCCACUAUGUUUGUUUUCUCAUGGAGCAGUUCAAAUGAAGAAUGUGUGUCAUCACAAGAUUAACCUUACAAUACUAGUAGGUGUUUCAUUUUGUAGUUGAAUAGAAAAAGUUGCAGUAUUUGUUUUUGCAGUAUUCAAAAUCAGGGGAAGUGCAACGACAGAAUGGCUUUGGUAACAACCCAAGACAAGGAAAUAGUAACAAGAACAUACCAAAUCAAUAGGGAAUAUAGAAAUAUUCGUAAUGAAUACAAGCAUGCAAGCCACCAGUAUAAUCCAUGGCUAAAAUUUUAAGUUUAGAAGGCAAUAUUUAUAGGCAAUUGUCUUUAUUUUGAUUCUUACUGGAUAUUCUGUGCAAAAGUUGUUCUUUUGAAACUUGAUUACUGGUAGUUCAUACUUCUUUGAGAUUUAGGCUUUUGAGUCAUAAAGUUGAAUUUUGAGACCAGUCUCAGAGAGCAAUGCUGCCAUUGGUCAGUUUCAUAUUUAAGCUCAGUGGCAGCCAGUUAGAUGCUGCAGUGACAAGACUGGUCACCAAAUUCAAUUUUUGAACCUUAUGCUCUAGAAUACUGUUGGGUUUGAAAAUUUCAGUAAAAUGAAAUUAAGUUAAGGUGAUUCAUACUUUUUCUAAGGAUCAUGUUACUUCUUAUUAUUGAUUGACAAAUGACAAACACUUCAUAAGGAAAAUUGUUUAUUUUCUUGGUAUUUUAAGCUCGCAUAAACUAAGUGUUCAGGAUGAGUUGUUAGAGUAGG